CAAAGUGUGUGCGUGUGACCCCAUAGUGCCUUACUGUUCAGGAAGUAGUGACCCGGCCCGCAGAUAAACUCGUCACUCGCAUGCGAUUUGCAUUUGUGUUUGCUGCCAAAGCUUUGAUUUGUAGUAACCUUUGAACUAGCUGGGGUUCUGUGCCUCGCAGUCAGCCGACGGAGGCGUUCACAUUGAUCAACACCACAGAUAUUGUUCAGGGUUUGAACCUUUCCUGUCCGCCAUGGUGUUGACGGUCUGUGGACAUCGGAUGUCCCAGCCUGCUCGCAGUGUCUACCUGUUCUGUAAGGUUGCGAAGAUUCCGUACGUUGAGAAAAAUAUCGACCUGGUCCACGAUGAACAGAGACAGGAAGCCUAUCUGGCGAUCAAUCCGCUAGGCCAAGUACCGUCUAUUGUGGAUGAUGACUUUAAACUUGCCGAAAGUAUGGCGAUUUUGAGGUAUCUGGCUCGUAAAUACAAAGUGGCCGAUCACUGGUACCCGGACGACUUGAAGGUAGAGGCCAAAGUCAAUCGGUAUUUAGACUGGCAUCACACUGGUCUCCAGACAGCUGCAAGAGGCGUUUUCCAUGACGUGGUCGUAACGCCGCGACGGACUGGAAAGCCAGUCGACGAAGCCAAACUGGCCAAAGAUCUCGAGACGUUCGACAAGACUCUCGGAAUCAUUGAGAAGGUGUUUCUUGGAGAUAAGAAGUAUGUUGCGUCGGAUGAAAUCAGCAUCGCCGACAUAUGCUGCUUAUCGGGGCUGAUGCAAGUCCUUGCGGUCACGAGGACCGAUGUGCUAGCCAAAUACCCAAACCUCGCUGCCUGGAAGGAGAGAGUUGAGGAGCAACUCCGCCCCGACUACGACGAAGUUUUUAAGGAUCUCUUUAAGCACGGCGCCCGACAGCUGAAGAAGUAAUGAAACCCAUUAAUUAAUGGCACUGUUACUUGAACGUAAUGAGGCAACUUGCCUUCAUUCUAGGCUGGCAUAUAACUAAAUUCACGCUAACAGGUACAAUGCAGUAAUUGAAUAUGCAAACAAAGAAAAAUUCAUACAUAUUCGCAGUAAUAGGCCUAUGUGCCGAAAGGUAAUCUCGUUACUUGUAAAUUUGAGCAACGUAUUCUCGGUUUUUUAUUUACUAGGUGUAAGCAGGAAGCUCACAUUAAUGCAAUUAAUUUUGAUGUAUAGUGUAAUUCGACGACCAGAAUUAGAAGCCAUUACUGCAGUCACACAACGCUCGUGGACAGGUGGUACGCAUGUGUUACAUGCGCCUUUUACCAAUAGGGAGUCGUAAUUUGCCACACGUGCGUCCGACUGAAGAAUGUUCGUGAGAGUGCAGUGCCUCCGUAGUAAUCCUGACGGCGCCUAAUAUUUGAUUAGUCUGUCCACCUCGAGCAGAAGCACCCCCUCAUCGGUUGGUCGGGAGUUAAUUUUCUUAGUCGUUCGUGAACCAGCGAAGUUCAGUUCCAACGAUAGGGGUGCACCCACGCAAAAAGGCCAGAAAUAUGUCGGCUAAGCUCAUUAAUGAAAGUUAUACACUCAAAAUACGCUGUAUUAGAGAGUUGUAUGAGAGGCGUGGAAUUGGGCAAUGGAAUAAAAUAUGGCACUGAACCUCUGGCCCGGAAUCAGAGGUUCCAAUUUUGAGAAUUUGGAUGUAAUGGGGUCCGAAAUUGGCACUGUUUAGCCGAUGUUUAGCUAAAGAUUGUGAGGGGAGCUGCUGAAUUUUCCUUGGAAGCCGCAUGGACGCCAAAUGUGUUACUUUUUUGUAUAUGGCCAACUGAUUUCUGUUUUACGUACAGUACAAUGACCAUCAGUGAUUUGGUGCCAUGCACGGAUACAUAUGAAGUAAGAUAUGGGACGGAGAGCACACCUGCCCCCUUUUGUUGGUCAUUGUUCGAUCGUAAUCUCAGGAAUUCGUUUAAGACAUCUGGGGGACGUGUUAGGGGUCAAUAGUCUAGAGUGUGUAUAGGGAUUGGACAUGUAAGGGGGAUACCCCCUCCGUCCCACGGAUGUAACCCCUCGUGACCUUGCAUUUGAGUUUGUUGGCAGAAGCACAGACUCUUCCUGUACUGAGCAAUCUUACCACAAAAUAAGCUCAUGUACCGUCUUCCGACUCACACACUUUAGGUUAGAACAGUUUUAGAACGCAGAAAGGCGUCAGCAUGUCCGUUGUGGGGGUUAGGUCCCAGACGUAAUGGUAAGACGCUGAAAAAGGAGCUUGUCACUUCCAUGUUGUGCUGUUCCUCACCUGUUGAACGCAAUGGUAUAUUUACUACGCGAUCAUUUGCUUUCUCACGGUGUAAAUUGCCAACGUAGUUCCAACUUCAAUGAUACGAUAUCGAAUAUAAGUCCGAGGGAGCCAGUAAUGUAAAAAAAAAAAGCUCGUGUAGUAUUCGAAUAGUAUUAUAACGGUAAGAUAGAAUAAUUGCUCAUAAAAUUAUUAUUUGUUGACUUAAUAAUAACAACUGGAAAAGUGCCCUGGAGGUAUUUCAGACGUACACACAAACAAAUGUUGACCUCCAUUUCCACCCCCAGAAACAUAUCCCAAAUAAAUGUCCUAAACCUUAUCCUCAUCGACAGAAAUCCUUAUCCUCAUCGAACAUUCGCUUGGAAUCUAUCCCUGCUUUUCCGGACAAUAUAGGGUGCUGUUGCCAUGAUGUCAACCAGGGAGGGCUCUGCUCAGUUUAUAGGUUUUCUGUUAAAAUUUUGCUAUUGAAAACUUUCCUGAGGAGCGGUAUACGUUGUUAGUUGGCUUGUUGCCAGAUCCUCAAGCCGUUAGUUGUCAAUAAAGGAAAUUUGGGCAGCGAAGACCUGUGUUACACAUUCCACCGGUUUUCAUGCACGCAUCAUGUCAGUGCAGCAGUGGUCAAGAUUUCUCCCUACAACGUCGUCAGUUUUUCACAUGAAUGUGGCAGUGCUUUGCAUAAAACGCUAAAAAGGCUCCGAAAUACCUUUGAAAAUAGCAAACAAAAUUACAAAAUGAAGGUUGAAAAGAAAAUGUGGUGUUUCCAAGGAUGACUGUAUACCAGUUUAAUUAUGCAUGUAUAUGAAGGAAAAUUUUCCUGAUAUGACCAUAAAUUAUGAGUGCUAUGUGUCCUCGAGACACUAUUUAUUCUAGUAAUUUGACCACUUCUAAAGUUGUUUUGACUAAUUGGACGCCAUUAAUUUUUCUUCAGAUACUGUUCAGGUUUCGAACCAUUUUUGUUCACUAUGGUACUGACGGUCUAUGGAUAUCCUUCCUCACAGCCUGCUCGCAGUGUUUUUCUUAUUCGUGGAUGCCAAGAUUCCGUGCGUUUAGAAAAAUGUAACUUGAGACACAUUAUAUUUUUAUCAGACGAGGAGAGAAUUAGACACGCAGCAAAGUAUAAAGAAAAGAGGUCCAACUUUAAUUCCAAAAGAUGCCAGUUGCUCAAUGGGGUUGUUCACUGACAUAACAACGCAAGGGCCCGUAGAAUCCAUUCGUGAAACGGGCCUUGUACGGAUCGAGCGCGGGAAUUCGUGAAAGAAGUUCCUCACUGCUACUGACUCGCAUUUUGUCUUGGUUACUGAGUGACUCGAAAUUGAAGCAUUUCUCACGGUAACUCACCUAGGCAAAAGCAUUUCUCACGGUAACUCACCUAGGCAAAAGCAUUUCUCACGGUAACUCACCUAGGCAAAAGCAUUUCCACAAUUUAGAAAAAACAGGCUUCAUUUUCAGAAACACAAAAUUGCCAUGGACUCGAUUCACACACCUCUGAAAUAGUUUACUUGAAGAUCUUGCAGAAAAACAAUUUUGCUUACAGAACCGCCGCCUUGGCGACGAUCGUUUUUCACCGGUCGUGGUUCACGAGAGCAUGCAGUGCGUGUGCGUUCUGCACGAUGUUUCGUCUGUCGCUCCGCUUUUAAACGAUCAUUAUUUUGUUGUUUUUUGUAACCCAAAUCCAUGCUGCUAUUUUAUCAGCUAUCCUACCGUGAAAAUCUGAGUUCUGUAUGUAGUGGGGAGGGGCAUAUUGAGCACAAUUUGACCUUUGACCUAAAAAGAGAAAGGUCAUUAAUAUGCAUAAGUAUAAUAAUAAUAAUAUGAUAUUGAUAUGAAUAGGAAUGAGGUGCGGGGUGAAAAAUUAUAGUACAGAAUGACCUUUGGUAAAGGAUAAACAUAGGAUAAGGUCAGACAGUUUGGUACAGGUUUACCCUGGUGUGUGGGAUAAAAUAGGAGUAAGGCAUAGCACGGGGUAAAAACAUUCUAUGGUAAAUUCCUUGUGUAAGUUAUCCAAAACAAUUAUGGAUUUGGCGCACGCGUGGCGAGCCACGCGCGCAAGAGUCUUGACCCCGUCUUGACCUGUCUCGUAUCCAGGUGCCAACUUGUGGUUUUAGUUAUAUAUCCAACGAUACUAAUAUAUUUAGGACGAAAGUAAAAUAAAUAAAAAAUGAAACAAACAUAUAAAGGACGCACACGGUAGAAGUCGUUAAUUUUCACUCGUCGAAUGGGAUUGAAACAUGCGUGAGAGGCACUGGUGCCAGUGUCAAUGUACGCGAUUAAAACUGACACUCGUAGCAGUAGGCCUUUGCCCAUUUCAUGGAAAGCAGGGUUUUAAAGGAGGUUGUCAACUACUUCUGGUACAUGAACGUUCACAUUAUUUUCCAGCUCUUGAGCCAUGGUUCAGAAUCACAGCUCCACUCAUUUCGACAAAUCUCUAUUACAAGUAUAAAAUGUUGUGACGUCUACCGUAUCAUCAAGAGUGUAAUGGGAAAGAGUUCCAUAAGAGUUACAAGCAACACUAAUUUUC